AUGUCACAGCCCAUUACUCCCGGCGGCAUCACCGCCCCCAUGGAACUUGGUGUUCCUCCGGCAGCAAUAAUCGCUUUGUCGGCAUCUGAACAUGUUGGAGAGCCAGACUUACGUCUAACAUAUCAUCGGGACGGUAACUAUGAUGGACUAUUCGGGGCGCGGCGGAUGAAAGCAAUCGAGGCUAACCAGAAAAACCAGGAACAAGACCUCGCGAGUCGGUCCGAAGCUGUCAGGAUUCAUGGGCGGGCCAUGAGAUCAUCGACGUGGGGGCGGAUUUGGAGGUGGGCUGGGGCAGGCUGGAGGUCGCUUCACCAUCGGGUUAUGAGACCUGUGUCAGGAUGUGGCCGAUCUUACAGGACUGCCAGCCGGCCAGUUGCUAACUCGCUACGAAAGCGGUGCCUGUACGACAAAGCCCUUACACACAAACUUAUGCGUUUCCUCGACAAUGAGUUCUGCUCUGAAAUCCCCAUUGUGCAUGGCAAAACAACAGUGUUGCAGCUGAUGGAUGUUUCUUCUGGGAUACAUUCUACCAUUCCGACAACUUUUCGACAGCGGUUUUCCUUUCCAAUUGAGAGUGAGCAAUAUGUUGAAAAUCAGCCCUGUAAUGGCAAUGGAAUCACUCCAAGCACUGCCUUAUCCAACUGUCCAGUACCAGCACCCUAUGACGAUCAUGCAUCCAACGUUACAGAUUCAAUGGAAGAUGCAAGGCAUGUUGAUGAUGAUUUGUUUUUGAACAAUUCACCUCACUCACUGCCAAUGGUGACUCCACAAACUGGGCAGGCUAUUGAGACUGCCCUAUAUCUAAAGCGCUUUGUGAGGAAAACAUCGACAUUGGUGUAUGGAUGGUUCGAGAUGACUGGUCUGCAACCAAUUACUGCUCCACCUAGCUUCUCAUCUUUCGAAGUCGUGCAACCAAGUGAUCUCUUUAUCCAUCGCACAGACCAGACAAUAUCGUGCUGGGUGCGUGAAAAUUCUGCCAGCGGUGGGGUAUGGAGUGCCAUUUCAGUGGGUGACAAAGGAUCCUUCAAUGAGGAUUUCGCAUGCAGAGUUUUAGCAUUACAGCCCGAUGGGAAUCCCACGUGGGUCCUUCCGAAGUCUAUGGCAAGAUACAAGCGAUUGGCCAACAAGGGUUCAACUGCAUGA